ACGCUUGGCCUAAUAAAAAAUACAAAAUAAUUUAUUUGUAUUUAACUAUAGGGUGACCGGAGAUCCUCUAGGGUCAAGCCGUCUGCAACUGCCAACUGCGACUAUAUUAAUAUUUGAGUGGGAGCGACAUGAAUACCAGUUCAGUUCUUGAGUUGAAACGAUGGUUCAUGUCGUUUUCACAUUGUAAAUGAAGAGGAGAUUUUGGAGUCUGCCUUGUUAGUAAACUUAUUUGAAAGGUACGCCUCCGAUGGUUUGAGCGCAAGGGGACUCAACACUGCACAUCAAUUGUUUACAGAGCUGACUAUAAUGCCAUACUUUGGCAUGUGAAAAAACUGUUUACAGAGCAGGACUUGUGUUAUGAACCAUCUUAAGAAGAUUCACGCUUACACUCUUAGAAAUGGCAUAGACUACACCAACAAUCUCAUACUCAAGGUGCUCCAAAUUCCAGAUAUUCCAUAUGCCCACAAACUGUUCGACCUUAUUCCUAAGCCGACAGUUUUUCUCUAUAACAAGCUCUUGAAGGCCUACUCUUCUCAUGGUCAACACCACCAGUGCUUGUCUCUCUUCAGCCAUAUGUGCUUCCAGUGCUUCGUUCCAAAUGAACAUUCUUUCCCUUUGUUGUUUUCGGCCUGUGCUUCCCUUUCAUCCCCUCGCCUAGGCCAGAUGAUCCAUUCCCGUUUUAUCAAAUCGGGUUUUUCUUUAGACGUGUUCGCUGAAACGACUUUGCUUGACAUGUACGCUAAACUGGGGAUGCUGGCUUGUGCUCGCAAACAAUUUGAUGAAAUGAGAGCUAGGGAAAUAGUUACAUGGAAUGCUAUGAUUGCAGGCUAUGCUAGGUCCGGAGACAUGGAAAGAGCCAUGGACUUGUUUGGCUUGAUGCCUAACAGGAAUGUGGUGUCUUGGACCACAAUGAUAUCUGGGUAUUCACAAAAUGGUCAGUAUGCUAAGGCCUUGGAGAUGUUUCUGCGGAUGGAAAAAGAGAGGGAUGCACAGCCGAAUGAAGUCACUAUAGCUAGUGUUCUUCCAGCUUGUGCUAAUCUUGGGGCACUUAAUAUUGGAAAGAAGAUUGAAGAGUAUGCAAGAAGAAGUGGGUUCUUCAAGAAUUUGCAUGUAAGUAAUGGUAUACUGGAAAUGUAUGCGAGGUGCGGUAAAAUUGAUAUAGCUAGGCAAGUGUUCGAUGAGAUUGGGAGCAGGAGAAACCUGUGCUCUUGGAAUUCAAUGAUCAUGGCUUUGGCAGUCCAUGGAAAAUGCACAGAGGCUUUGCAUCUUUUUGAAAAAAUGCUGACAGUAGGAAUUGGACCAGAUGAUGUCACAUUUGUGGGACUUAUAUUGUCAUGUACUCACGGCGGAAUGGUCACCAAAGGCCGCCAAAUCUUCCAAUCAAUGGAGCCAAACUUUGGUAUAGCUCCUAAGUUGGAACACUACGGAUGCAUGGUUGAUCUUCUAGGCCGAGCUGGUCAAUUGGAAGAAGCUUAUGAUCUGAUACAAGACAUGCCAAUGAAACCAGAUAACGUCAUAUGGGGUGCUCUUUUGGGCGCUUGCAGUUUUCAUGGUAAUGUCGAAUUUGCCGAAAAAGCAGCCGAGUCCCUCUUCGAGCUUGAGCCAUGGAAUCCAGCAAACUAUGUCAUUCUUUCCAACAUAUAUGCAUCAGCGGGCGAAUGGGACGGAGUUGCUAGGCUGAGGAAGGUGAUGAAGGGAGGCAAAAUUACCAAGGCAGCAGGGUAUAGCUUCAUUGAAGAAAGAGGUCAAGUUCAUAAAUUCAUUGUGGCCGAUAAGUCACAUCCUAGAAGCGAUGAAAUAUAUGCUUUGUUGGAUGAUUUCUAUGCAGAAGUGAAGCUUUAUAGAGACGUAAAUUAUUGCUUAUCUAAAAUUGAAGAAAUACAAUUUUGAAUCGAGCAACGUACAAGACUUGUUUUAAAAGA